AUGUAUGUACCUGCAAGGGCGUAUCCUACAUGGUUCCAAAACGAACUUAACAAGGGUUUUAUGUCGUUGUACUAUAUAGUAGAGUGUACCUUAUCCAAGGAUAUUCGUACAGACCAUGAAAUCUAUGAAGAGUUUCUAGACUCUUUAUAUAACAUCUCGUUUGACACAAAAAUGGACGCUACUAUCUUCAGGUUCACUAUAUUAGGUCUAAGAAAUAAGGCCAAGGAAUUAGACAUUGCUAUUAGUGAUGACUGGAUUGCUCGAAGAAUUUUAAAAUCGUUAAAAGGUGAAUACUUCAACAUAACUUCUAAUUAUCUUAAAGGAUCUAGUUCUUAUGAUCUGAAAAAUUUUCUAUUCGCCAUUCAGAUAAAAUCACCCGAAAUUGCUAGAGUAACAUCUACGCUUAAAGCUAAAGUCAACUUAAACUGUCAAACCUGUCAGAGCUCUACUCAUACAGCAGUAACAUGCCCAAAUAGAGUUCUUGAACAUGCCUCAAAGCCAACAACAGCAGUGAACAAAAAGAAGUCUGUCAAGAAGAAAGCCAAGUUGAAGGCAAUCCAAAUUACAAUAAACCUGAUUGACGAAUUACUGACACUUAGGCCUGCUUUACAAGAACUCCCCUUAGAUGACGUACUAAUUCUAGAUUCUGGAGCUCAAUGCUCAGCGAUCAAAGAUACUGGUAUUUUACAUGAUUUCUCUCCUAUCUCCAAUUCUCAGUUGUUUGCCGUUUAA